AGUAUCAUUGAUUAUGAAUCCAUAGUAAGCGACUUUAUUAAAACAUGCCAAGUAGGCACAAACAUUGUAAAGUACAUAUAUAAGCAUAUACUAUAUAUACACACACAGAAUUAAAAAAAAAUAUUUGUGUGCAUAGGAAGAGCAACUUAAAGCCAUCAUCAUGAAGCUUAGAGAACCACCAUUGACAUUAGAAAAGGCAUAUCGUGUGAUUACAUUUCUACAUCAUGUUCUGAAAGAGAUACCCAUCACAACCUCAAAUAGUAGCAAUAGUGGUUUUCCAUUAGGGCCUGUCAUCAAGGACUUAUCACUUGCAUUAUCCUUACGAUCCAAUACACCGCAUGUUUAUUCUAUAUGGAUCAUCAUUAUACAGUUUAUGCUAUCUUGCCUCAAAAGUGUACCUCAACAGACACUUUUCCAUGCUGGAGUGACUACGCCCGUCAUAUUGGGUGUCAUCAAACAAGUGCUGUUAGGGAUGACAAGCUUACCUGAAAAAAAUAUGAAUCUCAUUCAGCAGAAAUGCUUUUCAGUUGGGAGAGAGUUGUUGAAUUUAUUUUUGAUCAGAGAUCCCAGUGUUGUAAAAGAAAGUGACGAUAUGGACAUAGAUGCAUCUAUUCAAAAUUUUACGGCUACUAGUAACAACAACAGCAGCAAUAACAUGAGCGCGAUAUCCUUCUAUGAUGUGAUUUAUUCAUUUCCUGAAUUGUAUGGUCAUUUAAGUACAACACCUGCAACAACCGAAAUGUAUCCUCCAUCACCCCAACCGUCAAUUGCGAACAGCAAUAUAUGGUUGAUGACAUUAUCUUUUAUGACAGUAUCCAUAUUGCAGGAUCACAAAUUGCUAGAAAGGAUACCUACUUUGAUGGCCAUUAAUAUCAUCAAGCACAUUCUGAAAGAAAUCAAUACGCUUCCACCCAACUUGACUACAACACAGGUCAAUUGUAUUAACAAAGGGAAGGAACUGAUUAACCUUUUACUGUUGGGUGCAUCAGGCGAUGGUGCCGGUGUUGUGUCUCACUAUGAUAUUAUUGUAGCAUUACCAGACGUCUAUGGACACUUUUUGGGUGGUACGUUUCCUCAGAGCAUACAUUGGACUCUAGAAAAGUUUAUCAACGAAUUGGGUAAAAGGCGUCGUCAUCUAGCCUUCUUAAUGAUGCCUCCUGAUGCCUCUUGGCCCCUUAUUUCACAAAUGAGUAGGCGUCAUGAAUAUAACGAUCUGACAACAAGAACAAGCUAUCACAUGUUUGAAGGUGAUUUGAUUGAGUUUGUAAAAGAAGGCAACUCAACAAACACUGAAACACACUUUCGGGAUAUGUUACAUCAACGAGCAUCUAUGGACGAGUUUCGACAAUUGGCCAUGUCACUAACACAGACAGGCUUGGAUACGACUCAGAUUAGAAAAGCUAUGGUAGCAAAAGUAAGAGACGUGAUACGAUGUAUUCAGCAACAUAGUCGAAAGGGUAGAGCAGAGGAUAAGGAUGAAAAAGCGUUUGAACCCUUCAACCCUUCCUUGACAAAUAUCAAAGGAGAGGAUAUCAAGAUGGCGAUACCUGAAAACAUUCAUCUUUGGGAAUUAAUGACGGAAACAGCUGAUCAACUAUAUAGUUUUGUUUCAGGAGAGUUCUUUUCUUACGAGGAUAUCCUACAAGACUUUUAUGACCUGGUUUAUAAGCCGGAUGGGACACCUUAUACGUCAAGCACAAAGAACCACAUUGCUAAAGAUAAUGGUCUUGUCUGGUUGCUACUGCAGCUCUUUUAUAUAGAGAAGGUGUCAACGAAUGUGAUUCAAAAGGAUUUUGAAAAUGAUGAAAGACUCUUUGAUAAACUUGUUAAGCUAUACAACGAAGAACAGACUGAAUCAAAGGAUGCGUUCACCUUACGUGACUUAUCCCUUCAGUGCGCGAUCAAUCACCAAAAGGCACAUAUCAAAGAUGUGACAAACAUUAAACAAAGACAUCCCUUGAUCACUGCUUCUCUACAGUAUGCUAGUCUUUGCUAUCACAUUCAAGCGUACUUUAAUAAUCAUUAUCACAGCAAUGUACCAACCAACUCUACACUAUUUCGCAACUUGGAUUUGCAAGAGAUGACCAAAAUUGCUAUGGAAAGUCAACUAAGACAGGAUGUGGUGCCAUAUACACUCUAUGUUUACCUUGUGCCCACCAAAGCCGAUGUUGAUACACUCGGGCACUCAUCUACGACCUAUAUCAAAGGCGGUACACUCAAUUACAAAUUAUUGGACUUACUGUGUAUCAAUGCAAAACAUAGGUAGGAUUAACGACAUCAAUCAUGCUCGAAUCACUCUUCUCUUUUUGUCUUGACACUUUUUAUUAGGCUACUACAAGUUAUAUACAAGAUGAUGUUGGAUAGCGAACUAGGUCCACGAUACCAAUCCACUGCUUCACCUGUCGCCUGCGUUCCACCUAAUGUGCUUGACGUCGUGUACAAGCUAUUGUAUAGCGCACCGUGUUCAGCUGAAUUGAUGGUAAAAGAGAUCUUUGACAAACUGAGACGU